UCGCAUUCAGAAUCAUUUCCCCGUUCCCGUUUUCUUCGUGUCAAAAAUCCUCAGCAAAAUGGUCCAGAAGAAAACAGAACUCAAAGGUUUCCACCGGUCCUUCAAGGGGCAGAACCCAUUCGACCUGGAAUUCGCCCAGACAAGUCACCUGGAAUCCGUCUUCAACUUCGAGUGCCCAGCCCGCCCCGACAUGCCUUCAAGUCAACCCAUCGAUAUCCCCGACGCCAAGAAGAGGAACAAGAAGAAGAAACGGUGCAGAGCUACAGACAGCUUCUCAGGGCGGUUUGAAGAUGUUUACCAGCUGCAGGAUGAGGUGCUCGGGGAAGGAGCCCACGCUAGAGUCCAGUCCUGCGUUAAUCUCAUCACCAACAAGGAGUAUGCAGUGAAGAUCAUUGAGAAGCGCCUUGGACACAUCCGGAGCCGUGUGUUUCGGGAGGUGGAGAUGCUGUAUCAGUGCCAAGGACACAGAAACGUCUUGGAGCUGAUAGAGUUCUUUGAAGAGGAAGACAAAUUCUACCUGGUGUUUGAGAAGAUGCGAGGAGGCUCCAUCCUGACCCACAUCCACAGGAGGCGCCACUUCAAUGAGCUGGAGGCCAGCGUGGUGGUGCAGGACAUAGCCAGUGCCCUUAACUUCUUGCACAACAAAGGGAUAGCGCACAGGGAUUUGAAACCUGAAAACAUUCUCUGUGAGAGUCCCAAUCAGGUUUCCCCAGUGAAGAUCUGUGAUUUUGAUCUGGGAAGUGGUAUUAAAUUAAACGGUGAUUGUUCCCCCAUCUCUACCCCGGAGCUGCUCACACCAUGUGGCUCAGCAGAGUACAUGGCUCCUGAAGUGGUGGAGGCCUUCAACGAGGAGGCUUCCAUCUAUGAUAAGCGCUGCGACCUGUGGAGCCUGGGUGUCAUCCUGUACAUCAUGCUGAGUGGCUACCCGCCCUUCGUGGGCCACUGCGGCACCGACUGCGGCUGGGACCGUGGUGAAGCGUGCCAGACCUGUCAGAACAUGCUAUUCGAGAGUAUCCAGGAAGGGAAGUAUGAAUUUCCUGACAAGGACUGGGCCCACAUUUCUUUUGGAGCCAAAGACCUAAUUUCCAAGCUGCUGGUUAGAGAUGCCAAGAAACGGCUCAGUGCGGCCCAAGUCCUGGAGCAUCCUUGGGUGCAAGGGUGUGCACCAGAUAACACCCUUCCAACCCCCAUCAUCUUACAGAGGAACAGCAGUGCCAAAGAGCUCACCUCCUUCGCUGCCGAGGCCAUUGCUGUCAACCGCCAGCUGAUGCAGCAUGACGAGGACGAGGAGAAGGAGGAGGCCCGACCAAUCAUCAUCAAAGCUACCUCACGUUCGAUGCAGCUGUCUCCCCCUUCGGAGUCCAAGCUGGCCAAACGGAGGCAGAAGAGCAGCAUGACUAAAGGGGUGGCUGCAAACCAGUACCUGGUCGCUCCCUUGGUCCUGGUGGGUGACCAAGCGUGAUCACCUGCCAUCGCUGCUCCCUGCUCUCUGUAUAUACGUAUGUGCUGUAUCUGUAUGUCUUUUUGUUUUUUUGAAAUGCUGUUGCUAGCUAGCAACAAGAUCAGGACUCUCUCCUAUUGGCUGGUUUCCAAGGUUACGCUGAUCUUGUAAAUCUGUUUUGGGGUUUUUGUUCUUUUUUUUUGUUUUUUAUAAACAAAAAAAGGUAUUAAGUCAAGCGUGAGGUUCCUUCACCCAGGGCACAUUCAAGGACAUUGAACCAGAUGAUAGAUGAUUUUUCUUUUCUCUCUCUCUCUCUCUCUCUUUUUCUCUCUCUCUCAACUCUUGAUUUCUCCUUUUUUUUUCUUUUUCUACACCAAAGGACUAUUUGUAUAUGCGGAUGCUUUUACGACUUCAGCUCAUUUCAUACUGUGAAAAAAAAGACAAAAAAAAAAAAAGACCCUUGGUCAUAUUUUCAACAGCAACAGGAAAAACAAAAGUAGCAUUUUAACCUUUAUUUUCCUACUUUGCUGCAGGUUUCUCCCUGGAUUUGGACUUGGUAGAUUCAACCAUGGGUAGCUCUGUCUUGACUUUUUUUUUUUUUUUUUUUAAACACAAAUUCAUUCCAAAGCUGAAUUGGACUGAUCUUUAAUAGCCUAGCGAGAGGAUUCUCCAUGCAUCUGGCCUCUCAGAAGGGAGGGGUAGGGAGACGGAUAGUCUUGAAUUCAAGAGCAUAUUUCCCCCACCCCUUCCCAUGCUGUGUUGACUCCAAAACGCAAUGAAACAUUGCAGUAUUUCUCUUGUUUUAAGGGAGAAAGUCUGACAAACCAUCAUUUAGGAAUUAGCUGGUGUAGAUAGUCUCUGCUUGGCAUUGCAUGGUGGUCCCCUGGCAUUGGAAGGGGAUGUGAUGGCAAAGGCAUGUUCUCUGGUCCUGGGGAUGAAGUACCCUUGGCUCUGGCUGAAGUACUCAGGAGCUGGGGGCGCUCAGCAUUGUACAGGAUUGGGCCUGAACUUUGGAGAAAAGCAUUGUGCUGGCAGAUGGAUUUGUGACUCAAAGGGAGCAGAGACCUGUUCUGCCAAGUGUGACUUUUUUUCCUCUCUGCUUGGAUUUCAGCUCUGCUCCCUGCUCCUGAGUAAGCUAUUAAACCACUUUUUUAGUUUUAGUUGUUUUUUUUUAAAAUUUAAACAGCCUAGUUGCUCAUUGCAAAAGCAAAUCUUGCUUGAUUUGGGCAUUUAGAAAUGUCUUCCUCUGCUCCCCUUGUUCCUGCCCUGUCUUCUAGGCUUGGGGUGGAAGCUGAGCUGUACCUGCCAGAUACUUCCUGGGGGUUAGAUAGUUUGCCAGGUUACAGCUCAAAAGGGGGGAAAAAACCGAAUCUCUCCCAGGCUUCUGAAAUGUUAAUGUUCAGAGUUAGGAAGUAACUCUGCAUUUCAGAUCUGAUUCUGCACCACUGACCUCCAAGGAGGCGUUGCCUUGGACUUUGGUGGGAGCAGGACUCAGCCUUAUCUGAGGGGUGGGAGUGCACAUGUGUUGUUUGUGUGUGUGUGUUUGUGCAGAAGGUGAUGGUGAUGGAUCUCCAGCAGAUAUUAACUUCCUUUGGGGAAAUGGCUAAAAAUGGCUGGACUCACUAGUGGCAGGAUGGGCUCCAGACUCCUGAUUUUUUUUUUUUGAUAAUGCAAGUGUGGCUGGCAAAACCCCUUUAUUUGCAAUAUGGUGCUUUUCUAAAAA